ACAAAAGAGUGGACUGGGGUAUUAGUGCGGAUCGUAUUACAGUAGUUAUACCCAAAGGAUUGUAAUUGGUGCCUUUUUUGUUGAUUUGUUUAUAUGCUAUAUGCCUUUCUAUCCAUUUCUAUUUCGCUCCCUCUUUCCUUCUCUUUUUAUCAUUUGUUCUUUCUCUUCUCUCUCUUAACUUUCACGCUUCAUAUCAAUAAAUACAUGGCUGUUUGCUAUUUUUGUGGUUCAAGUAUGUACAUCAGUAUAUUAUGUCAAUUUCAUUCACCUUUUUUUUUUUUUUUUUUUUUUUUUGAAAUAGCCAAGCACAAAUCCAGUGAUUGUGUAAGUAAUCCAUAAAAUAAACCCAUUCAAGUUUGCUUAUCUAUCUAUAUUACAGCCGCAUUAUGUUGCUGACAUUCUGAACAGACUCUAUUUCUCUUUCUUCAUAUCAUUGGCAACAACAACAACAAACAAGGUGGCGUCCAAAUGAGUCUUACA